AUGACACUUAAAUAAAUGUAGCUGUAUUCACAAAAAAUAAUUUAUUGUUAGUUGUUAUGCAAUUCGAUUAGUACUCUCAUUUUCAAUGUAAUUAUUGCCUGCAUUUUUAAAAUUUUGGAAGAAAGUGAAAGAAUUAAAUCUUGUGUAAUAAUUAAAUAUUAAUUUUUAGAUAAAUAAAAGUUAAGAUUAAUCAAAAUUUUAAAAGAAUAGUAAUAAGUGUGGUGUAAGUAAUUCUUUUAAGGUUUAUUGCUAUAUUUAUUCCAUAAUUUGCAGUUUGUCAUUGGUUAGAGGAUUCUCUGGAAGCUCUCUUGAAUUCUAUUUUCCAUUAAUGAAUGAGAGGAAAAUUUUCUAUGAAAGCUAACAAGCAGGAUAUAGGUGAG